AUGGCUGGUGUGGCAAUGCUAAGUAGAGCUGGUCAAAAGGCCUUGCCGAAGGUCGUGCUCGGGCAAAACUUAAGGGCCAUUCGCAGUUACCACGCUUCCAGGUAUCACACUUCGUUGAGACCUUCAGGAUGUAUGCGGCAGCUUGUCAAAGUGCAGCAUGGCUGGCGUUGCUCGUUCACUACCACUCGUACGCCAACUGAUAAACUUCGGAAUGUCAUCCAUAAAGCCCGACAAGACCAUACAUUCUUGUUUCCUACGCUGCUCGUCGCCAGCUUUGCUUCCGUCUGCUGGCUUACGCUCCUUACUUACGAUGCAUAUACUCGAGAGAAGCCCACGCUCGGGGAUUUUCCUCCUGAAGUUGAGCGACAUCUCCGUAAUGCUAUCUGGUAUACGGAAAUCAAACCCGAACCUACUAUUGCUGCGGAUUCAUUUACCAGAGCAAUAGAACAAGCUGAGAGAGAAGGAAUGGAUCCGUUCUCCCCUGAAUUUACAGGCAUACACAUCCGCUUUGCAGCUGCGCUUGAGAAAUUCGGGCAAGCAAAAGGCGCUGUCCAGAUCCUAGAAAGACUGGCCGAUGACUUGGUGGAAAAGAUCGAGGACAUAGACCGUGGUCGGGCUACCCAACUCAAAGCAAGUACAACUCAGUCCAACAAAGGGGAGGCGCCAGGAUCGAGUGCUCGGUCUUCUGCCGGAGCCACAGUGGGCGCCCAGGAAUCAGAAAGGGCCCGGCUCGUCAAACGGGCGAUCGAGUGCAAAGUCAAAAUCUCGAAUCUAUAUGGGAGCGAUUACAUUCAAGACAACGCUACUGCAAAACGCGUCACUGAUGAAGCCAUGAAGAUGUUCAUCGAAGCUAUGCGGGAUCCCAGGAGCCUCCGGUUCGACGAGAACCGAGCCGGCAUCACUGCAGACGAGGCUGGGGCCCUGCUCAGCGGUGCUGGCGGUAUCAACAUGAUCUGGGGUGAUUUUGGGACCGCUCUUGAAAUAUUCAAAUUGGCAUUGACAGCCGUACGUCAAGCAACCAAGGGUAAGCCCUCCUGCCAUGAGGCUUUUGUCCUCGGUGACAUGAGCGCCGCGGCGGCAAGGCUGCUGGACGAGCCAAACGCAGUGAUUGACGGCAAGCCCGCAACGGAAGCAUCCAUCAAACAUACCCGCCACAUCUUGAGAGGCUGGGCACAAGAAGCACUGCAGUGUGCUCAAGCAGUAGAGAGCUCCGAGAGGAAUCCACUCUGUUCGAUGGCAGUUUUGACAGCCUGGUCGCACAUGGCUGGCGCACUCAAGGCGCUCGGAGAUUUGAAGGGUUCUCGAGCAAUGUGGGAACAGGUGCUAGACACAAGCAAGCGGCCUGACCUACAGCUACUGGUACCAUUUGCUCAAGGCGCGCUGAGGGACUUGAUGCAAUGGAAAGAGGUGGGGUCGUUAACCAUGCUCCAACACCUGAUCGCACUAUAUGAUACCCUGCCACUUUGGCUUUUGCCUGCACAGCAGAAAUUUCAUCUUUCUCAAUGCUCGAAACGUGAUCCGAGCGCCGACUCCCGAAUUUUAUGCCAUCACACCCUGGGCCAAAAUUCGGCUCAGAUGUGGGUGCCAUUGCUAUAUUGGCGAUCAUAG